AUGACGUCAACAAUUACUUUCUUCUUUGCAGUCUCAUUGUGUUUAUUCUUGACAAAUGCUUUCAAACUGUUUUCGGGAAAGCCUCGCCCUAAUUACUAUUCGCUUAUUGAUAAUAAUAAAGCAUCAAAAGGAUAUCAGUCGUUCCCAAGUGGACAUUCUUCUACGACAUUUAAUGGAAUGAUGUUUCUCACAUUAUUAUUAUGUGGAGAAUACAAAGUAUUUAAUGGAGAUGGUUCAAUCUUAAAAUUAAUUGGAUGUUGUUUUCCUUUGUUAUUUGGAUUUCUAGUUGCUAUCUCUAGAGUAAGAGAUUAUUUCCAUGGAUAUGACGAUAUUAUAGCAGGUUCUUUGUUGGGGUGUGUUAUUGCAUUGCUGUGUUAUGUAUUAAAGUUUAGGGCUUUAUGGUCAAAGAAUAGUGGUGAAAUAAAAACUGAAGAAUAUAGAGAGUUCGAUGAUAAUUUUAUCGUUUAG